GCCACGGCCUGAGGAAUGUCAACUAUUCAACAUGGAGGAGGAGGUCGAUAAGCUGGAAUUGAUGUUCCAGAAAGCUGACUCUGAUCUGGAUUACAUUCAAUACAGGCUGGAAUAUGAAAUCAAGACUAAUCAUCCUGUUUCAGCAGGCGAGAAAAAUCCAGUUACACUCUUACAGGAAUUGUCAGCAAUAAAAACUCGAUAUCAAACUUUGCAUGCACGCUUUAAACCAAUUUCUGAUGAGCAGAAAGAGACCAAGAGCCGCAUUUGUGCUACUUUCAAUAAGACUAUGACCGUGAUACAAGAACUACAAAAGCAAACAGACCUGGAGCUUUCACCAAUGACCGAAGAAGAAAAAAUGGCAAUACAGCAAUUAAAAUCUCACUUGUCAGACUUAUGAAGAAAUGGACUUGCAAAAGGGAACUCUAAUAGAGAAGAGAUCAAUUCCAGAGAGAUUUAGGAAGAUGUCUUAUUAGCACUUGGUAACUAGAGGUAGGGUAGGUGAAGGAGAAGAUUUGGCCUGGGUGACUAGAUAGUGAUGCUUUUCACAAGAGAGGGGACUAUAAGAAGGGCAGAUAUGAAUACAUUUCAGUCAA